CGCGAGCCUCUCCGGUUACGUGGAGCGUGAUAAAGGAUCGGAGUUGAUUGCCGCCGAUUGCCCGAGAGAGGGGUGGCGAGGGGGAGGGGAAUACAGACGGAACGCCAGCGCUCCUCGCUUCUCAUUGGCCGCCCGGCUUGUCAGUUUCCCUCAGACUUGGCCGCCCUCCGGUCGCCCUCGCCCUCGUCUCGUCAGUUACGGCGAUAGAUCCGUGCGCGAACAGUCGGACGGAGGCGACGCCGAGCUGUGGUGGUGUAAAUAGAGACAAAUUGUGUGCUUCGUGUGUGUAACUUCUUGUAAGUUUACAGCUUUGUUUUGGAGAGUAACGACUUUUGUCUGCUCACGAUUACAGUAGGGUACGUUCUUUGUCAGCCGGAUCGUUCUGAUUUCUUCUGUUCUGGAUUGUUGUAUUCAAAACUCUUGUGUGGUUAUUAGAAAGAUUCGUUCAGGAGGAUUACUCGACUCGCAACGCGCAGUCUCUGUGUACCGACAGUACAACGUUCACUACGGGAGGAGAGACUUCACAACUUUUUCAAAACUUGUUCAUUUGACCAGCGGUUGUUGUUUUGCGUUACUUUCAGCCUGUGUUGUACUUGUACUUCGAAGUUGGAAUAUCUUCAUUAUAUUGGUAUUAUUAUACUAUUUCACAAAAUUCCCCCAAAGUCUUUGUGUGACUUCGGAAAGAAAAACAAUUCAAUCGGAAUCUAGAUCUAGUUAGUUCUACUGUACACAACUUUCCGGAGUAAUGCGAGUCCCCCGCUAGCGCGCUGGACUUCGUGACGUCAUACGCUGGUCAUCCCGUGCCGCGGGUGCCCGGUAGCGUGAUGAGCCUGUCUCGUGCACACGACGGUCCCGGUGAGCUGAGUGUCCAGUCGACGGUGAGUGCCCUGCACAUCCCGGCCUCGCACGCCUUCAUCCCCUUCCAACAGUUCUCCAUCUCGGACGCGGGGCUACGUAACCCGGCCGACGACAACAACAACAAAACCGCCGCCGGUGUCGGUGUUUCUGGCGGCGGAGGGGCGGCGGCUGCUGCUCUGCCGGUGGUGUCUGUGGUGGCCGCCGUGUCCGGUCUUUGCCCGGCCCUGCCAGUGGUCAGCAUGCAGCAGCAGUCGCAGUUACCACAAGCCGUGGUCGCGCAGACCAUCAUCCCGACCGUUGUGACGCCCGUAGCGGUUCAAGCCGCCGCUAACGGCAUCACGCCCACGUCCACCAUCACGAUGGCCAACACCAUCAGCGACAUCAGCCACUUAUCAUCGCUGCACGCACAACAACAGCAGCAUCUCGCCAACGCGGGUUUGAACCUCAGCGUUCAGGCGAGUAUGGCGAACAACGUUGUCAACGCUCAAACCAGCUCGCAGUCGUCGAGCAAACCCGGCAUCAUCAACAACAGCAGCAACAGCUCCAACAGCAGCAACAGCAGUAGCUCUUCCUCCAACUCCAGCAGUAACGGCGGACUACCAAACGGCGCCUCCAAAUCCAACACCCCAUCAUCUUCUGCGUCCAAACCGGCUCAGCCUAACAACGGCCAAAAUCUGAGCUCGGAGCAGACGGACGAUUUGGUCAAGCCUGUCUUCAAAGACGGCGAGCUAGUCCUGGAAGUGGAGUGCGGACAGAACAAAGGAAUCCUGUACUUAUCCAAACUGUGCCAGGGGAGUAAAGGGCCGUGCAUCAGCUUCCAGAGCUCCUGGCUCACUCCCAAUGAGUUCCAGUUCGUGUCCGGUCGGGAGACGGCCAAAGACUGGAAGCGCUCUAUCCGACAUCACGGCAAGAGUCUGAAGCUGCUGCUGGCAAAGGGCAUCCUGGCGGUACAUCCUACUAUGUGUGACUGUGACGGCUGUAGGCAGGGGGCUACUCUG